UCGCAAUGACGCUGUCACAUAACCCGACACUUAACCCAACUGUAUAGUACGGAUCUUAAUAUUGCUUUACAUAGAUCUCGCGGACAAUCGGAGUGGAAUACGCUCAUUCGAUGUGUAUGCAUCGAAGAGGAAGGUGUAAUUAGAACGUUUCGCUACAAAGUUAAUGAUAAACAAAGAGACGCAGCAUGGAGAGUGAACAAGAACAGAGUAGCAACGAGCCGAAAGCGAAGGACAGGUUAGUCGGCUUAUUGGAUCAAAUAGAAGUGCAUGUCGAGCAGUUGCGGAAAGAUGCUUCUCGAUUGGAGGAGGAAAAGGAUUCUCUGCUAACGACUUUAGAUACCCUCAGAAACAAUGAUAUACUGCACGUCCUUGAAGAGCCCGACAGAGAUGAUAUUUUAAGAUAUGCAGAGAGAUUAUCCAUGCGAUGUUCAACUGUAGAUGUAUUGGUCACAGUUCAACGUGAUCAUGUACAGGAAGAGGCGUUACAUCAGGUUAACGGUCUAAUUGAUGGUUUAGUCAUAAGUUUGCGUCAAGAUCCAAGUGCCACCCGACAGAAAUGCGCGGAGUUUAUGAACGCAUGCUCUUCCCAUGGUAUAGGACAUUCCGAUAAAAUCUUUGAGACUGCCAUUCUUGGAUGUACCUUAGACGAUCAGAAAAGGGUAAAGAAAAGAUUGCAAGGAUUACUCGACUAUAUCGAUAAGAUGCACAUCCUGGAGAUGACACAAUGAAGACAUCAAGAAAGGAUUUCUUUGAUACAUAAAUCUACUCCAUUGCUGACACAGAUUUCGAACAAGAUUUUCUAGUGUUUGGUUAUGGUGUUAUCGCUGUCGCGGCGAAUUUAAGAUAUAUUUCGACACAGGAAGCAUUACAUCCUGUGCUAUUAAGUUCUUACUUCCUUUGCAUUUCACGAGUAAGCAUAAUUUCGUGUAGAUUCUACUGCGAAAUAGUGGACGAUAUAGUUAUAGUGACAUGAUUCUUAAAUGAUUCCUUACACGAGUCCCUUAACAUUAAAAUAUUUAGUGUUUUGCAACUUUAGGAAGAACUUGUCUUCGCUUGAACAGAGCGAAAACACUGUGUGAUCAAUCCAGGAUCAGUGACAAUUUUCAGGUCUAAUGUGUACGUUUUAAAAUAAAAAAUUUUUAGAAAAUGUAUACAAAUGCACAUACAGAAUAUACUAUGAAUAAUUGUAGUGCUGAAAGCUGAG